CUGAUGUGGUGUGACAAGUGAAGUGAGUGAGUAACAACUGUGAUGACUAAAAGAUAAUUGGCUAAGCUCAAGUCGUCGCCUGUGCUUUUGCCUAAGAUAAAAGCCUUCAAUCUCGUUCCCAUUAAUAAAAGGAUACCAAAGAUGAUAGAUGUUUUACACUUUUUCUUCCACAAUAAUACCACAACCCAAGCAAAAUUCACUUGCUAUAUUUGUUCUGUCUUUUGCUUCAAGAUACUCUUUCAUGUCUUCUUCUUCUUCAUCUUCUACUCUAAUGAAGUAUCAUGUUUUCUUGAGCUUCAGAGGUGAAGACACGCGCCUUAAUUUCACCAGUCAUCUACUUCAGGCUUUGAAAAGUAAGGGAAUUGAUGUUUUCUUCGAUGAAGAAAAACUGGAAAAAGGGGUGCUGCUUUCACAAGCACUUUCUCGAGCAAUUGCAGUCUCAAAUAUCUCAAUCAUCGUUUUGUCUGCAGACUAUGCCUCUUCGAAAUCAUGCUUGGUUGAACUCUCUGACAUCAUGAUCCGCAAGCGCUCUCAUGGACAUACUGUUAUUCCCAUCUUUUAUCAUGUUGAUCCUUCCAACGUGCGAAAUAUUGGUGGGAGUUUUAAGACAUCCUUCGAGGAGCAUGAAUCAAAGCAACCAACUGAUACAGUACAACGAUGGAAAUCUGCUUUUGCAGAGGUCGGUAAAUUAAAAGGGUGGCAUAUAGAAGGAGGCAAAUUUGACAGACCUGAAACCGAGUACAUUAAAGAUGUUGUUGAAUAUAUUAUAAAAAAGUUGACGAAUAUUGAGUUUGAAAGUGCUUCUGAAGAAUUGGUUGGAAUAGAUGAUCAGAAAAAGAUAAUUCUGGGUCUGAUUGAGCAAGAAGGUUGUCGGGUAUUAGGACUUUGGGGAAUGGGUGGUCAAGGCAAAACAACCCUUGCUGAGGUUGUAUAUAAAAAAAUCUCUUCAGAGUUUGAAAGUCAUUGCUUUCUUCAAAAUGUUAGAGAGGAAAUAGGAAAUCAAGGGAAGAAAUCUUUACGAAAUGAACUUCUUUCGAAAUUAUUGAACUCAAAAGUUGAUAUAGACACCCCCUCUAUAGGAUCCACUUUAACUCAAGAGAGACUCAACAAGAAGAAAGUACUCGUUGUCCUUGAUGAUGUUGAUGAUCACUUAGACCAAAUAGAUUAUAUGGGGGUUAAAUAUUUUGGUUUUGGAAGUAAAACCAUUAUAACAUCUAGAGAUAGACAAGUGCUUGAGAGUGGAGGAGCUGACAAAAUACAUGAGAUGAAAGGGUUAAAUGAGAACGAUUCUCUUCAACUUUUUUCUACCUUUGCGUUUAAGCAGUUGAAUCCCGCGGUUGGUUUUCAAGAUCUAUCGCGUAGGUUUGUAAAGUACACCCAAGGCAAUCCACUUGCUCUUAAAGUUUUGGGUUCUGAUUUAAAUAAAAGAAGUAUAGAUUAUUGGGAAAGUAAGGUUGAGAAGCUAAAGGACUGUCCCCCAGAGAAAAAAAUUUCAGAGGCUUUGAAAAGUAGUUAUGAUGGGCUAGAUAUAGUAGAGCAGAAUAUAUUUCUUGACAUUGCAUGCUUCUUUAAAGGGGAACCCAUAGAAACAACAAAACAUAUUCUAAGUGGUUGUUAUAAGGGUGUAGAGUGUGGAAUCAACAAAUUGGUUGACAAAUGCCUGAUCAAGAGGACAAAACAUAUUCUAAGUGGUUGUUAUCAAGGUUUAGAGUGUGAAGUAAACAAAUUGGUUGACAAAUGCCAGAUCAAUGUCUCAUCUUCUCAUAAUUUCUCUCUCGGUUAUCUUACAAUGUGCGAUUUCGGAUAUUCAUAUAUAAUUUAUAUGCAUGAUACGCUUGAAGAGAUGGGAAAGGACAUUGCUUGUCAAGAAUCUAAAACCCUUGGUAAGUGCAGUAGACUAUGGAAUGUUAAACACGUGGAAGAAGUGCUCAAAUAUAAAAAAGGAACUGAUCGAAUUCAAGGAAUAAAGUCAGACAUGAUACGUAUGGAUAACUUAUUAUUCCAACCUUCUGUUUUUAAAAACAUGACUAAUCUUAGAUAUAUUUUCUUCUAUUCAUCGUCAAAAUAUUUGUUGCGGGAAGAGAGUGAGGAUUAUAAGAAGCUAUUUACAUACCAAGAUGAUAUUGUAUUUUUUCCGGAUGAGCUAAGGUAUCUUCGAUGGGAUUAUUACCCCUUCAAAUCUUUAUCAUCAAGUUUUAAUCCAAAGAACCUUAUUGCAUUGAUAUUACCACAUGGAAACAUGGAACACUUGUGGAACAAAGAUCAGGAUCUUGUUCAUUUACGCAAAAUUAACCUUUUUAGUUGCAAAAAAUUAAAGAAGAUCCCUAAUUUAUUAAAAGCCGUCAACCUUGAAAGACUUGAUUGUGAAAAUUGCGAAAGUUUGGUUGAACUUCCUUGCCUUGACCAUUUGACAUCACUUAAAACGCUUCACCUUAAGGGAUGUCGUAGUCUCAAGAAGUUUCCCGAGAUCUUAAAUAACUUUUACAGGUUAGAUUUAUCAGAAACUGGAAUAGAAGAAGUACCUGAUUUCAUUGAGCAUCUCCACAGACUUGGAAAGUUGAUCUUGAGAAACUCAAGGGUAAAAGAUGUAUCAAGCAAUAUUUCAAAGUUGGAAUCGCUUUCUUCUCUACAUCUUAGUGGUUGUCCAAUCGUCAAAUUUCCAGCUGUUGAUGUGCCCUCACCAAGCUUGAGGUUUAAAAGCCUUAAGUAUAUGCAUAUGGAUCGUUGCAAGAGCCUCAAAUUACUCUCAGAGCUUCCACCAUAUCUGCACGACUUGAAUGUACAUGACUGCACAUCAUUAGAAAAAGUUUCCUUUGCAGAUAAAAAUUUAUAUCAGUUUGUUUCAUUAGGUGAUGAUAAUGAUGAUAAUGUGUUUUUGAUGCUAUUCUGUAAUUGUUUCAACUUGAAUCAAGAGUCAACUAAUAACAUUGAGGCAAAUGCCAUGCUCAAAAUUGGAUCCCUAGCUAAGGAAUGGGCAUCGAGAUAUGAUUGGAAAUACCAGCAUGAUAACUUUCCAAGUUUGAUUUGUUGUUUCCCAGGAAACAAAAUUUCAGCAAAUAAGUUCGAGUGUCAGAGCAUGAAUUCUUCCUUAAGUUUGAAGAUAGCCCCAAAUGGGGGUAGUGGGAGUAGAGUUUUGGUUUUUGCUAUUUGCCUUGUGGCUGACCUCACUCACUGCCUUGAAUUUCAAUUACUUGAAUGUAUUUGUGAGUACCAAUUUACAGCCGCUGGUGGUGGCAACGGUGGUGGUGGUUAUGAAAAGCUAAGAAGUAAAAUAUCUUUUUUAGAGCUUCUUGAGCCAGAGAAGUGCAUGGGUGAUCACGUGUUUAUUCUAUCUAGCAUCGACAUGGUUAAAGAAGACCAGAAUUAUGAGGAGGCAUCAUUUGAAUUCUACAUCAGAAAUUGGGAUGAAGAAGAAGAUGAUGGAGAAGAAGACUAUAUCAAGGUGAAGAGAUGUGGUGUUCAUGUAUUUUACGUGGAUGCUACUGAAGUUGCUGGGAACAAAAGAAGCUUUAGCCAUGAUGGUGAAGAAGGGGAUGGAGGGGAUGGAGGAUUUAGGAUGGGUUUGGAUUGGCGGUGCGUUUAUGUGGAUUAUAUGGAUUGUACUGAAAAGAGAGUUGCUGGGAACAAAAGAAGCAUUACCUGCGUGAGACGAAAAAUAAGUUAAACUUACCGUACCGCACCCGAUCGCCCAUCCAAACCUACCCAGAUUGAAAUAGUUUGUAUUUCUUUCCAUCCUUGGCUCUGCUUUUGAGGAAUUUCAACAUCUGAAUAAUGUCAUCCAAAUGCAUAGAUAUAGCGUAGAUUGUCCAAGAAGGAAAUUCUCCAUAUGUAUUAAUUAAUUUGGAGGAAAAUUGAACGGUAACUGGAGAUUUCAAUACAGUAGCAAAAUGAUUCUGCUUUGGAGUUGAUAAAAUAUCCAUAGGGGUUUUGGACCAAUAGUGGACUCGGUUCAGCUUCAUUGUUUAGUUCUACCAUUGGUGUCAUCUGAUUAGGGAAUGACAAAUCUUUGAGAAUGCCACUCCUGAAUUGGAGCUUUAUCCAUACAAGGAGGAACACCUGAGCUUUGUCAAUAGAUUUGUCAACACAAAGUCAAAGUAAUCUUUUGAGCCCCUUUUUGGGUUCUGGCAAUUCAGUCUUGGUGGAGAAAAUUUGCAACAGAUCUCAAAACUUGUGGGAUAAACACAUGGAGCUGGAGGCAACCUUUGACAGUUUUCAUUCUCAAGCUAGAUUGGUCAAGCCAGACACAGAUUCAAUACUCUACUGGAAUUGAAGUCGCAGAUUAUGGGUGGUUUUUUGAUAUCUUCUUUCUCACCAACAAAUGAAGUUCCCACAAAAUCCACAUUUAUAGAUGUGCCCUUUUACCUAGAGAUUAAUGUGAAGGGAAUAAAGAUGGCAAUGAUUGAUGUAAGGAAAGCAGAUGAGGGAAUAAAUAACAGAUGUUUGUAACAAGUAAGCUUUUAAGAUCUUCAAUUUCUUCUACUGAAUGAUUUCUUUAUAUUGUGGUUGGACUUAGAUAUUGAAGCAGUACUGCAACUUGCCAACAGAGUUGCCUUGUUUAUCCCAUUGAGAGGAAGCAUAUGCUCUUGGAAUUUGGCAGAGUUGCUCUCAUCUCAAAACUCGUUGAAUGAACACACCGAGCCUGGAUGUUAUUUUCAAUGCGAACCCUAUCACAGUUUUCAUUCUAAAGCUAGAUUGAUGUUUUACCCCAUAGAGGAACCCAACAUAAACACCUGGAAAAUAAAAUCCAAAUGAUUUUGGUUUAGUUGGAACUUCAAAAUGAAGAGUUGGCUUUAUGGUACAGGUACUUGACUUGAUUGUUACAUCAGUUUGGGCUAAAACUUGAAUCAAUUUUCCCUUUUUGUAUUUAAAAUUCCAGAGUUUCUCUGUUUGGAAUUGGUUCGUACAUUGGUUUUGAUGAGAUGAUAUCCAACAAGUUCAAGAUUCGAAGCUUAGUAAUUAAAAUAA